GCUAGCUGCUGGAUAUGCAUCUGUCAUCUGAUGAUAUGUUUUUAUUGUGUUCUAAGCAGAACAGCUGGAGAACGAGAAAAACAUUAUAAUAUUGCAUUCUGCAUUACUUCCAUUUGAAGAGAUUAUCUCUAAUAAUACCGGUCGUGGAGUGUAAUCUGUAUUAUAGUGACAAAAACUAAUCCAUGAAGCACAUCAGCAAGUAAAUCACCAUUCCGACGAAGCUAAGAACCAAAAGCAAGCAGCAAAGCAGGCCUGAAAACAAAUCUAUGCUAGAAACUUGAACAACAACAGUGAACGGAAAAUGGUUUGCAUUCCUUGCUUCAUCGUGCCUGUUCUGCUCUACCUCUGGCAUAAGUUUGUCCAGCCAAUUCUACUGAAGUACUGGAAUCCUUGGGAGAAGAAGGACAAGGAUGGGAACGUCAUUAAGACCGAACCGAAAAAUCCGUUUGAUUGCAGCGGUGGAGUAUGUCGGUUUGCGAGCAAAAAAUCGACCCCCGCCGUAACCUCCGAUGCACCGCUUGAAACUACUAACGAAUCUGCAAAUAAUCCUGACGAUACGAGCAAGAAAACUCUUUAAACAUAUAUUCGCUUGUUGGUUAGUUGGUUAGUGAUAGCCAAUCAAACCUGGCAAAUGAGUUAAGAGAGGAAAAUAAAUUCUAGUGCAGAGUCCAAACGUA